GCCGGCGCGUGACGCUGUACGGCGGUCGGGCGGGUGCGGCGGCGGCGGCGCGGGAUGGAGCGGGCGGCGCGGUGCGGGCGCUGGCUGCGGGCCGCGCUGGCCGCCGGGCGGGUGCGCCGCCGCCUGCCCUGGCUGCUGCUCGCCAUCGUCCUCGUCGGGUCCGCUCUCAAGGACGGCGACGUGGUGCCCGAGACGCCCAUGCGGAAUAAGCGCAACCCGCUGAAUGUCUAUUUUGUGAAGGUGGCUUGGGCAUGGACGUUCUGGCUUCUGCUGCCCUUCAUCACUAUCACCACCUACCAGUUUGCUGAGAGCAAGUUCCUCUAUGGUCCCACGAAGAGCAUUUUGGCGGUGCUGCGGCGUCUCAGUGCACUGCUAGUGGGCACUGUCAUCUGGUAUGUCUGCACCAGCCUUUUCAUGUAUAUCGAGAAUCUCACUGGCAUGUGCUCUACCUCAGGUGAACUCAGUGAGCCUCGCCGACUCUAUACCACCAAGCAGGAGUGCCACCAGGACAACGGGAUCUGGAACGGUUUUGAUAUCUCAGGGCACUGUUUUCUGCUCUCGUACUGUGCCCUGAUGAUUGUGGAGGAAGUGGCUGUGCUGGAAGGCUUGUCCAUAGACCAGAACUCUAAGCUGCAUGUUGUGAUCAACGGCCUGUUUGUUUCCUUGUGUUUUCUCACCAUGAUCUGGGUGUUCAUGUUUCUCUGUACUGCUGUGUAUUUCCAUGACUUCAGUCAAAAGCUUCUCGGUGUGCUGAUAGGUCUGUCAGCUUGGUACGGGACAUACAGAUUUUGGUACUUGAAACCCUUUUCUCCUGGACUACCUCUUCCAAAUAUACCUUUAAGUUCAAAGAAACACAGUUACAGCAGAUAAAAUAAGUUUUAAAAUUUUUUUAUUUUGCUUUCAGUACUGGAGUAGUGGAAUGUAGGACUGGUUACUGUAUUUACACUGUAAGGAACAAGGUGAUGGGCUGGAGGAAACGAAAUCGGUACUGGCCAAUGGCUGGCAGGUAUAAGCAAGCUGCUUAUUUGGGAGAAAAAAUUGGUAUUGGAAGAGGUCUGCUCUUGUGUUGGAGCUGAUGACUGGCAUGCUCAGCAAAGAUAUCAGAAGUUGAAUCUGUUUUCUUACUAACAAAUGGAGGAGCAGAUCCAAGGCUGACACAGGCCUUUGCUCUUUAAGAGCGUGACUGAUCUCAACCUAAUUCUCCCUCGUUCUUUUUGAUUUAUUUAUGUCAUUAUAUUAUAUAUAAUAUCAUGGAUAUAUUAUAUCAUGGAUGAUCCAAACCUCAUACUUCUUUUUUUUAAUACUCCUGUUUGUAUUGCCUUACAGGAAAGCUCUAAUAAUGACAGUGCUGCUAAGAGUUGCAAAAAUAAUAAUACUUGUUAAAGCAGUAUCUUGCUCUGUUGUGAAGCUAGAAUAUCUCAUGUUAUCAAGUGUUAAAUACACUAACCUGCCACAACUGCUUCUUAGUCAUGUGCACCUUCUGCAACAAAAAGCGUAAAUCAGAGAUGUAGUGUCUUAAGCAGACAGUGACUUUAAAUUCAUGCCUGCUUUUGAAAAGGAGACUCUUGAAAAACAAGCCUUAACUUUCUCCUAUCUGUAAUAAUAUUUUGUCAUUUUAUUCUUGACAGAAAAAACAACUGCUUCCAAUUUUGCUAAGAAGUCUAAUAUGAUAAUUUUAUAUUAAUUUAUAAAAAAUCUUACGAGUUGCACUCUUUGCAACAAGAAGUACUUUGUGGUAUGUUUCUUCUAGAAGAACAGUGAAAUUCUGGUGUUAUGAACAAGUUAGCUUAGCCUGCUAUUUCCCAAAUAGCCUGCUUGGUAAUGAGUGAAUUGUUUAUCCUAAGAGCUGCAAAGCAGUGUGCCUGAAGUAAUAUGUACUCUUGCUUAUCCAGCGAUAUUAAGAAGCUACUUAAUUUUGAUUGCACGUAAAGCUGUGGCCACUUUUGGUGUGGCUGGAAACCCACUACUGACUAAAGCACUACUAUUAUGUAAUGAAUAGCUAUGAGAUGGGAUGGGUUUAUUCAUAUCAAUUGGACACUUAGCAGUUUUUACCUGGAAGAGCUUUUUAUUAUUUCACAAAGGCUUAUUCAUGAUGCAGUUGCACAAAUUUGUUUGACAGUUGUAGUGAUGAGCAAGACAGCCAGAAAGGUCUGUGGGCAAGGCUGUAGGUAGUGUCUGCUAAUCAUAGAAUUGUUUAGGUUGGAAAAGACCUUUAAGAUCAUCAAGUCCAACUGAUAACCCAACUCUGCCAAGUCCACCACUAAACCAUGUCCCUAAGUGCCCCAUCUAUAUGUCUUAAAUAUCUCCAGGGGUGGUGAAUCAGUCACUUCCCUGGGCAGCCUUUUCCAACGCUUGACAACCCUUUUGGUGAAGAAAUUUUGCUUAAUAUCCAAUCUAAACCUGCCCUAGCACAUCUUGAGACUGUUUCCUCUUGUCCUGUUUCUUGUUACUUGGGAAAAGAGACCAACCCCCGCCUUGCUACAACCUCCUUUGAGGGAGUUGUAGAGAGUGAUAAAGUCUCCCCACAGCCUCCUCCAGGCCAAACGCCCCCAGCUCCCUCAGCGGCUCCCCAUCAGACUUAUUCUCCAGACCCUUCACCAGCUCCGUUGCCCUUCUCUGGACACGCUCCAGCACCUCAACGUCCUCCUUGUCCUGAGGGGCCCAAAACUGCACACAGUACUCGAGGUGCGGCCUCACCAGUGCCAAGAGAGCAAGCAGAGUUGAUGUGUCUGUGGCGUUUGACUCCAGAGUGAUUAUUUUGCUGAAUAUAGGGUAUGAUGCACAGUAGUUUAGUCUUAGCACAUUUCUCUUUGCCAUCUCAACCGUUCUCUUCCAGCAAGAGUGUGGUAGCAUUUGCAGUAAAUACAGCAGUGUUAAUUCCAUACUUGUGGUCUGCCUCUGAGGAGAGGUGAAUUCACCUGAAUUUCCACUGAGUUCAGUGGCAAGUGGGAGUUGUUCGUUCUUAGGAAGUACAAAUCAUCUUUCAGAAAUAAGCUGUUUCAGGAGGUUAUGUAUUUUCUGUUAAGCUCCUUUUGUUUUUGCAUCAAAUUGCCUUUUAAGCUGAGUCUUUGGAAAAUUUGCACUGAUUAACUCAUAUUGGGUUUAACUAAAUUUGUUUAAACAAUGCAAAUUCAUUUGCAGAUAUUCUUUGAUGUAGUGUAAGCCUGCUCCCAAUAGAGCUAAGCUAGACUGCAAGCCACUUUCAACAUGGAAAAGGAUUAUAUACCCAGAAGGUUUUCUGAUUAAUUUCAUUAAAUUUAAGUUUCUAUUUUAGGUUAUCUUUAUGUAACUUUGCUAUAUAGACAAAGCCUUGGAACAGGAAAUGCUAUUUAUUUAAAUCAACUGACUUGCUAAAAUUAUGUUCAGUUUCACAGAUGUUUUGUGCAAUCACUACAUGGAUAUUUCUGUCUGCUUCUAACCUGUAUCGUACAAACUUUUUAUUAAGGAAAUAAUGUGGGGUACGGUUAUGCUCAAAACUUUAAACAAUGAAAGAAAAAUACUUGAAAACUUUUAUCAGUGUUGGUGUCAUUGAGAGUCUGUUUCUGUUGUCUGUAACUACAGUGCUGCUGCUUUUCACCUCCAGCUGACCGAAUGAUCCAGCCUCCCGGUAUUUUUGACCAUGCAUCUCAGUAGUCACAAACUGACUUUGAUAAUUCUGCAGUAUUUGGAUGGGUUAACAUAGCACAGGUUCUCAAAAGUGCAGGGUAUAAAAAGAAAUAAUGAAACAAAAAAACCACCCAUGCCUGACAAAAGCAGGUUUCCUAAUGUGUGCCUGUUACACCACGCAGUUGAUUUUGUAGAAAAGGGCAGUUGCUUAUUGCAGCAAAAUGAAAGCCAAAGCCAUUGAAAUAGGUGGGAGAAUUCCUCUGGGCUGAUACUGCUUAAGAGUUUAGAAAUCUUAGCGCAUGUGUCUUUCUCAGUGAGCCAGCUGGUGGCUUAGGAGGUUCCCUUGCGCUCCAGACCUUUUCUUUGUGCUUUUUGACUCUAUUUCAGAGUAAGACUUUGCUUCCUUGCACUUCCACUGGAAGCUAAAGGUUGCAAAUUUUCUGGUCGCGUAUUUGCCAUCACCUUUAUCUGACUUCCCUCCCUCUCGCAAAUACACAUUUAUCAUUAAAAUAAAAACGGGGCCUCUCUACCACAGAUUUGCAACCAAAGAGAAACAGUGCUUUGAGUAGCUGGAUUUGAUGUCCUGUGCCAAGGGCACAAAUAGGCUGUCAACAGGUAUUAUUAAUUUGUUUCAAGUUUUUUGUUUUUCUUUUCUGCAUCAAAGUAUUCCUCUUGUUCCA